GGGUCUUAAAAGCAAGAACUGCUGGCGCUGCCGGGUCAAAGUGGAUUACAAAGAGAGAGCGAAGCAAUUCUAAAGGAAAUCACAGCAGUUCCAUCGGUGGAUGCACCGGGGACUGUGUGCAGGAACAGCCACGGUUUGUGCGCAUAGAGACGGGCUGAGGAGCAAGAAACGACACGAACAAGGCACUAGAGACGUGGAUUUUCUUUUUGGAAAACGAACGGCGCAACAUUUGCUCUCUUGCGUCAAUUUUUAAGGAAUCUGUUGGGAAUAAAAAGCACGCACAAAAAUACGCAAAUAAGGUGUCUGCGUGCACGCUGAUCGCAGAAGGAUGAGCGUGUUUUCUGCGGGGAGAAGGAGAUUGUGAGUGGGUCAUGGCGAACGGAGGGGACCAGUUCGGCCUAGCAGAUCGCCCAAACUCGGACUGUUUGGACUCCCCAAAGGAGAAUAAACAGGAAAAUCUCAGCUUCACUUUAAAACCAGCUGCUUCACCGCAGACAGUUUCCAGCCAGGUAGCGGCCUCUGCUGCGGAUCCUGAUGGGAUGGAGAGGAUCAAAGUCAUCCUUCAUGACAGGGAACUCUGGACGAAGUUCGACGAAGUGGGAACAGAAAUGAUCAUCACAAAAGCUGGAAGGAGGAUGUUUCCCUGCUACAAAGUCAAAGUCACAGGACUCAAUCCAAAGACCAAGUAUAUACUCCUGAUGGACAUCGUGCCCGGAGAUGACCAUCGCUACAAAUUUGCAGACAAUAAAUGGUCUGUAACGGGUAAAGCAGAGCCCGCGAUGCCCGGCAGGCUCUACGUCCACCCGGACUCUCCCGCCACCGGAGCACACUGGAGCCGCCAACUUGUCUCCUUCCAGAAGCUCAAACUCACCAACAAUCACCUGGACCCCUUUGGACACAUAAUACUCAACUCCAUGCACAAAUACCAACCUCGUCUCCACAUCGUCAAAGCGGAUGAAAACAAUGGCUUCGGCUCAAAGAACACAGCUUUCUGCACCCAUGUGUUCCCAGAAACUACCUUCAUCGCUGUGACAUCUUAUCAAAACCACAAGAUCACGCAGUUGAAGAUAGAGAAUAAUCCUUUUGCCAAGGGUUUCAGAGGCAGUGAUGACAAUGAACUGCAUCGCAUGGCCAAGCUUCAGGGUAAAGAUUACCCCGUCGUUCCUCGUAGUACUGUCCGUCAGAAAGCAUGCUCCGCUGGGAGUCCCUUCAGCAGAGAUACUAGAGGUCUGCAAGGAUCUCCAGAUGACGUCGUGUCCCCCUUUAGCUGUGAGAGCGGCUUGAACUGUGGCAGUCCUCAGGAGCUGCUGAGCGCCCCACCUGUGCACUACACCCACCCUCAUCCACACCUGCAGCCUGGCCAGCAGCCACAGGGCUACAGCUACAGCAAGACGAAAGCAGAAGAAAAUUGCUCUCCCAGGAACCACCAGCAUCCAUACAAGAAACCCUUUACUGGUGGUUCACCAAGUGAGGAGGACUCCUAUUACCAUCCCUCCUCCUACCCCCCUCCUCCUGGUCUGUCAAACCUCCCCACUCUUGGUCUCACUGACUCCCCCUACAGUUCAGACAUGGGACAGCGUCAGGCAUGUAUGUUUGCCGGCUCAGAGCCUAGAAUAGAUGAAUUCAACUGCACAUCCUGGUCGUACACCCGUCCGCUCCCCACCGCUAUGACCCCAGUGGAACCCUACCCACCUUACACCCCUCAUCCCCCCUACAGCUCCAGUCCCCAGGGUUCUCGACUAAGCGCCUUAGCCCAUCAGAGUUCUCCGUCGCUGGGCGAGCACAUCCCCCAUGAUCCCUACCAGAGUCAGAGCUCCGGACCUCGAUCACAGAGCUUCCAGAGUGUUCCCAGCAGACAGCUUGGCUCUCCUCUCAGAGAGUAUCCCCGCUACAAGCCCAAUCUAUCACCGCCUCUCUAUCACACACUAGACACCCACACACACAUCAGGUGUGGAGUCCCAGAAUGGAGUGGAGCCUCCUAACCAACCCAUAAAGACAGAUUCAACAUAAACUCACUGCUUUCUUUAGAAAUGCUGCACUGUACAAAGUGACAUGUUUUUGUAAAGUUAUUAUGAAUACUGUGAUGUUGUACUGUGUAAGUCAUAUUCCUCCUCUAUGCUGGAAAGAGCAGCAUAUUUUUAAGGACCUAACUUGGACAUAAGUAAAAUGUAGCCCCUUCAAGGCAGCCUGAUGAUCAGUGACGUUGUUAUCCUUGCAUUUGUUUGAAACCCAUUCUAACAUUUGCACUGUGAUUUAUUUUUAAGGCCUGGCCCCUGAACAGCACUAGGCUAUUUUUCUCUCAAUGUCUGCUACUUUAUGUAUGGUGAAGGACGUGAGCACUGUCAGCCAUACAGUAACGUUUAUCCACCAAUGUAAUCGCAGUUAUCACAACACUGCGCAGGGUAGACGUUUCCCUUGUUAGUGGAGCAAAGCACAGUGCUUAGUGUUAGUGAAGGAGAAAAGGCACUGGGUUGUCCAAACGUGUGCUAGUGUACAUGCAAACCCGCUGUCAGCUCAGCUAAAGGAUGCUCAGAGUUUAGUUUCCAAUGAGGCAACCAACGAUAGCUGCAGGCUACCCUUCAUAGAGAUAAACACUUUGUUUAGAAUGCGCUACAGGCUGAAGGACCUGUAAACACUUCUUCCAUUGCAUUCUGGGUAAAUGCACAAGUCAGCAUCACACAGCUGUCACUGCUGUCCUCUCAGUCACCCCCAACUGACCAAUCGGCAUCCUCACAGAGUAGCAGCCAAUGAACACCAAAUGUUUUUUAUUUAUGCUCAGCUGACCGGAAAGGCAUGCGUUGGCCCAUUUCCAGCUUUGUUGGCGAAUUAUUCAUGAGUCUGAUGCUAAUUUCUGGCACAGGAGGAUUGCUCAGCAGAAAAAGAAAUUUGAAAAAUGAUGCAGUGUAUGUGAAAAUGUCGAUGCACCAAGCAAAGGUCGGUGCAUUAAUAUAAUCAUGUAUGUUUUAAAUCUGAAACGGUUUCUGUCAUAUUCAAAAACAAUUAUACCAAUAUUUGCUUUGAGUAGAUUUCCCUUGUAGCUAACUGUAAAACAUUUGUAGCUUUUCCUGACAGAGAGCUUGGAUUUAUGUUUAUGUCCAGAAGCAGUUUUCAUCUGCCUGACUGGGUGUUUUAACAUGCAGUAACCUCUUAUAAGGUGCUCUACCAUGACAGAAACAGCCUUGUCAUUAUUCAAUAUGUGUUUGCCACUUUAUUAGGUACACUCUUUCAGUUUUUUGUAAACACUAGUCAAUCCAAAGGCAGCAGUGCAAUGACUUUAAGUACCUCGAUACUAUGAGACAACUUAUUGAAGUUCAAACAAAUCAUCAGAAUGGUGAAGAAGCAUAUUUAAAUGACCUUGUACAUUGAUGGUUGUUUGUGCCAGACAGGCUGCGCUGAAUCUAUUAAGAUUUUCAUGCAUAACCAUGUCUAGGAUUUAUAGAGAAUGGUCUAAAAAAGAGAAAUUAUUCAGUGAGCGACAGGUGUGUGGACCUAAAUGUGUCGUUGAUUCCAGAGGUCAGAAGAGAAUAGGCAGACUGGUAUAAGAUCAACCAAGGGUUUUGUAAUACCAUCUCUUAAUGAAAACCACAUCUGACCUUGAUGCACAAUAGGUGCCACUCCUGUCACCCAACUAUAGGAAACUGGGGCUGCAGUUAACAUAGACUCACCAAAUUUGACAUUAAAAGAUGGGAAAACCUUUCCUUGGUCCAAUGAGUCUCAGUUUCAGCUGCAACAUUCAGCUGGAAGGGUUUAAAUUUGCCAUAAACAACAUGAAAGUAUAGUUCCAUCCGGCCUUGUAUUAAAGGUUUAGGCUGGUGGUGGUGGCAUAGUGGUGUUGGGAAUGUUUUCUUGGCACACGUUGGGCCCCUUAGUGCCAACUGCAGCUGGCCUGAGUAUUUUUGCUGACCGCAUUCCUCCCUUUGUCACCACAGUGUCCCUAUCUUUUGAUGGUUACUUCAGGCACCAUACAUAUUGCACCAUGUUGCAGAACUCAAAUGAUUAUAAUCUGGUUUCUUGAACAUGAAGUCAGUUCACUGUGUUCCAAUGGCCUCUACAGGAAGCAGAUCUCCGUCCAAUAGAGCACAGGUGUUUCUCAUCAGGGAUGUGCAGCCAACAAAUCUGCAGCAACUGCAUGAUGCCAUCAUGUUGAUAUGGACCAAAAUAUCUGAGGAAUGUUCCCCACACCUUGUUGAAUCUAUGCCACAAAGGACUAAGGAGGUUCUCAAGCCACGGUCUAAUCUUCUAUUAGCAAGGUGUAUCUAAUAAAGUGGCUAGUGAGUGUAUAUAUAUAUGUGUGUGACUGCGUGUGUGUGUGUGUGUGUGUGUGUGACAAAAUAUGUUUUUGUGUUUUUUUAGCGUUGUUGCUGUUAAUAGUAUUUAUUGCUCUAGGUUUGUAAAGUUUGCUUGUUGUUAACUUGUGAAACAAUUUUAAGGGUUUAUCUCCAGCUUUACUCUCGAUCCCAAAGUGUUCAUAAAUAGUUGACAAAACUAUGGGAAAACAAUGUGUUUUAUGGGAGAAAAAAAUACAGAUUUAUAAAGAGAAGUUAAAUAAAUUUUUCAAGAGA